UCUUCACAGUUUACCAACGAAAACUCUUUUGGCGCCACAGUUUUGGCGGGAAAAUCUGAAAGGAAGGAAGGAGAAGUUAGAAAGCUCGUAACAAGGGGCAGCCAUGGCGGACGAGCAAGACGCGGGGCAGGUGGAGGAGGAGUACAGUGUGUGGAAGAAGAACUCUCCAUUCUUGUACGAUCUCAUCAUCUCUCACCCUCUCGAAUGGCCGUCUCUCACAGUUCAUUGGUCCACUUCGUCCCCACGACCCCACAAAACUGACUCAUCUCUUGCCGCUCACAAACUUGUUCUUGGGACGCACACUUCCGAGGGCAUCCCGAAUUUUCUUUUGGUCGCCGAUGUUCUUCUCCCGACCAAUAUCAAGGACACUGUUUUCAACGUCAAUGACCCUAGCUCCAUUAUUCCCAAGGUGGAGAUAACUCAGAAGAUACAAGUUGAUGGAGAAGUGAAUAAAGCACGAUAUAUGCCGCAGAAGCCGUCUAUUAUUGGUGCGAAGACGAGUGGUUCUGAGGUGGUUGUAUUUGACUGUACCAAACAGGAAUCGAAACCCCAAGGGGGUGACUUUGAUCCUGAUUUGAGGUUAAGGGGUCACGACAAAGAGGGGUAUGGGUUAUCUUGGAACCCCAGUAAGGAGGGUUACAUAUUGAGUGGUUCCCAUGAUUGUAAGAUUUGUUUGUGGGAUGUGUCUGCCGUGGCUGAAGACAAAGUGCUUGAUCCAUUGCAUAUUUAUACGGGUCACGAAAGUGUGGUUGGAGAUGUCUCAUGGCAUUUGAAGAAUGAUAAUUUAUUUGGGUCAGUUGGCGAUGACUGUAAAUUGAUCAUAUGGGACUUGCGCACAAAUCAGAGCCAACAUACUGUCAAAGCUCACGACAAAGAGGUGAACUAUCUUUCUUUUAAUCCAUUCAAUGAAUGGAUCUUAGCUACAGCAUCUUCGGACACAACUGUUGGUCUGUUUGAUAUGCGGAAGAUAACAGAGCCAUUGCAUGUUUUGAGCAGUCACACAGAGGAGGUAUUUCAGGUUGAAUGGGAUCCUAACCAUGACGCCGUGUUGGCAUCUUCGGCCGAUGACAGAAGGCUUAUGAUUUGGGACCUUAACAGGAUUGGAGAUGAGCAACUGGAAGGAGAUGGUGACGACGGGCCUCCGGAGCUCUUGUUUUCCCAUGGCGGUCAUACUGCCAAGAUAUCAGAUUUCUCUUGGAACAAAGAAGAGCCAUGGGUCAUUUCAAGUGUAGCCGACGAUAACACUCUUCAAGUAUGGCAACUUGCUGAUAGUAUAUAUGCUGAUGCCAUUGAUGGCUAGUUCAACGAUCUCAUCUAAUAUUGCCUCUUUUUUGAUUUGGUCACCAUGAGACUCCAGACUUGAGAAAUAGCCUUCAUUAGUUAAUGAGAUGAUAGGUCUUUGCAGCAUGAACUUUAUCAAACAAAUAUUUGUUUCUGCGAAAUGUCGUUGUCUUUUUAUAUUCGGGUGCAAUAUUUUAUUAUGUUCAAGUCUAGCAUGGUUGUCCUUAAAACAUUGAAUAUAUAUACAAUUGCAAUUAAAUUUCUAAAUUAUAUAAAUUCAUAAUUAAUUUCAA